UUUCUUUGUGAUCGAUACGCAGAGUGUGUGAUCAGUUCGGGCUCUGCAGGGUCAGUGCGCACAGUCCGCGGCCGCACACACACCGACGCAGACCGGCGGCGGAGCGAGCGGAGGUCCCGGAGCUGUGGGAGCAGCAGCAGACAGGCAGAGGAGCGGAGAGGAGGUGGCGCUCCUCUCUGCGCCCGGGACAGCACACCGACUCUCUCUCUCCCCCUCUCUCUCUCUCCCGCACCGUGUCCUCCUGCUGGAGAUAAAUUAACGGAAAGCAGCUGUCGGUUGUUUUAGAGGCGAGGCGGCCGUCUGGCAGCUCAGGGAUCCCGUUUUGCCUUUUUCUUUCUUCCUCGUCGGAGCUCUUUUCCCGGGACUCCGCCGCCGCUGCUGCCGCUGCACCGCGCCCUCCGUCCCGAGCACCGAGGAGCCGCACCGCCGCACGCCGGCCACAGCGCCCCGCAGGACGGACAGACAUGCUGCCGAGGUCCGCCGGUCGCCGCGGAGCCCCGGCGCUUUGAGAUGCAGUUUCGGGACGUUUUUGGAGCUUUGCACCGUCCGCCAGCACCGGCCGCUCUCGCCUCGCCCUCCAGCACCGCACCGGGCUGCCCUGUGAUUCUUUCUCAGCUUUUCUAACGGGACUUUUUUCUCUCUGGUCGCCGAGGAGAUGUUGUUGGUGUCUGGGCUGAAAGUUGUGCGCUCCCCGGCGGAGGGCCUCUAACAGGUCCGGACAGUCCAUGUAACCCGAGGCGGGGUCAAAGUUCAGCCCUGGUUGGAAAUGUGAAAGCGAAGGGGGCAAAAGGAGGGCUCUAUUUCCCCCCUCUCUCUCUCUCACUCACUCUCACUCCUUUUUUUCUGUUCUUUCCUUUUUUUUCCACACACGCACGCGCACACACACAAACUGGAGUUACAGUAACACACACAAACACACACAGAUCUCAGAUUAGACCCGACAGAUAUGUAUUCUCCGCUAUGUUUAACACAGGAUGAAUUCCAUCCUUUCAUCGAAGCCCUGCUGCCCCACGUCCGGGCCUUCGCCUACACAUGGUUCAACCUGCAGGCCCGCAAGAGGAAGUACUUCAAGAAGCACGAGAAGCGCAUGUCCAAGGAGGAGGAGCGCGCCGUGAAGGACGAGCUGCUGGGCGAGAAGCCCGAGGUCAAACAGAAGUGGGCGUCGCGCCUCCUGGCCAAGCUGCGCAAGGACAUCCGGCCCGAGUUCAGGGAGGACUUUGUGCUGACGGUGACGGGGAAGAAGCCGCCGUGCUGCGUGCUGUCCAACCCCGACCAGAAGGGCAAGAUGAGGAGGAUCGACUGUCUGCGCCAGGCGGACAAAGUGUGGAGGCUGGACCUGGUCAUGGUGAUUUUAUUCAAAGGGAUUCCCCUCGAAAGUACUGACGGGGAGAGGCUGGUAAAGUCUCCUCAGUGUUCGAACCCCACCCUGUGCGUGCAGCCGCAUCACAUUGGAGUUUCAGUCAAGGAGCUGGAUCUGUACCUGGCCUACUUCGUGCACGCAGAAAAUGUGUGGGGGCCACCUGGGGCCCUCUCAGGGGCCAGAUUUGGCCCGCUGGCCCCUAAUGGUAGCUCCCAGGGAAAGGUCCACAAUCCUUUCCUGCCGACGCCCAUGCUGCCUCCCCCUCCUCCUCCCCCGAUGGCCCGUCCCGUCCCGCUGCCCGUCGACGCCAAGCCGCCCUCAACCUCCUCCACCGAGGGCGGAGGCAACUCGCCCACCUCACCCACUUACUCCACCCCGACUUCAUCUCCAGCCCAGAGGUUCGUCAGCGUCGGACCCAGAGACCCCGGCUUUAACAUCCCUCAGCAACCACAGUGGUACCUGGGAUAAGGACUCCAGAGGCCCCUCCCCCCUCCACCCACCUGUACGACAGAUCGCUGCAGCCUCCUCCUCGACCUUUGACCUUUGAUGCCAGCUGCGACGGAGAGUCCUUUCUUGCCCCGCCCCUACAGCCCUCCUCUCCUCCCCCUCUGCGCCUGACUCCGCCCCCACCAGCGCCAUACGCAGACUCAGCAGCAUCAGCAUGGCUACGGCGGACCGAGCCGCCCCCGGAGUUAAACUGUAAACUGUAGACCUCCCUGUGGACGUGUGGGUCACAUGUCCAUGUCCAUAUGUAGUGCCAGACCCCGCCCCCCUACGGUAAACCCAAAACCAGACCAGGGUGAGAAAUUUGUCGGGGGAUUGAGCCUUCGAUAUGCAGCGAGGCUGAAUCACAGAGCGUCCCCUCCGGAGAAACUCCCACCCUCCCAUCAUCCUCUGCAGCGUGUGCAUCCAGCAGACUUACAGCACCACCACCCACCAGCCGAACCCCCCAGUCCAGGUGGAUCCCGAUGGGUUGGUUUGGUUGGUGGGACGGUCGGGGGAGGUGUUACCUGGCUCAGAUACCACCAGCUAACACCCCCGCCCCCCCGCCUGAGCCCUUACACACCUCCUGGGAUGGACUCCGCCCCCGCUUGACCCAGCCCCCGUGGUUGGUGACACAUCGGGGACUCUUUCCAAGGACAUGGACCUGACGGAGAGAGCCUCCCUGAUGAGGAGGUGCGAACAGACGCCCCGCCCGUCUCGCAGUAAUAACACUGGGUGGGAGAGUUCGGGGUUAAAAGACGGCGGGUUUGUUGACGUGUUGCGACCUGGUGGAUCCAAGCUCGUUUAUCUGGGAGGCUUCAUGGCUCAUUGAUUUUUCUCUCUUAGCCGUCAUUUCAGCUGGUCCCCUCCGCCUCCUCCUCCUCCUCCUCCUCCUCCUCCUCCUUCUCCUCCUCCUCUAUCCAUCCGCCAGUCCGGGUGAAGCUCCAGCAUGCGAAGGGUGGGCAGAAAGCUCUGGUGUCCGAUACGCAGCAGUCAGGCAGGCAGGCAGGAGAGCGACGAGUGACGAAAACUUAACCAGUGGAAUAUUGAUCAUGAGGAAAGUGCAAUUUUGUUGGCUAGCUGUUGGAUAGUUAAAUAUCUUUGUAAGAUAGCUUCGUUGAAAACAGUUGUUGAAAAGUAUAUAUAAACUAUAUUUUUCUUCCUAGUCCGCUCACACCUCUGGGACUCUAAAAUAUUGGGGUACAAAAGACAGCAACACAGCAUCGAACUAGAAACCAUAGCCUUGUGAGAAAUAGAGAACCCAGGAAUGAGACCCAAAAACCAGUUCACCACCUCCGCUUCCCUCGUCUAAAAGUCUUUUUUAUUUUUUGUGUUGUGUUUUUGGUUAGAUGCCUGAAAUAAGGUCUGUGGUCAACACAAACUAAAGAGACUUUCAGGUUUUUAUGUAUUUUUUAAUGGGUUUAAACCUCUGCAUCCUGAGCAAAU